UUGCGCGUUAGUUCAAUUUUAACUUUUCGCUAACCUAUAAAAUUUUGAUAAUUUAUCUUCUAAAUUCAGAAAUAUAUUAUAUAUAAUUUAUGCAUGAACAUACAUUAUAUUUCUCUUUCAAAUAGAAUUUUAAAAACUGUCAUUUUAAGAUAUAUAACUAUUAAUAUAUGUUGUAUUGUAACCCUACUCUAUUUCAUCAGAAUCAAGAUUACUGUAUUAUCAAAUGUCUACAGAUAAUGUAAAUAAAUGAUAAGCAUGCAUUUUUUAAACAACUCUCUUAUUAAAUAUUAUAGGAAACAAUUCGUAAGGCAUUUUAGCAUUAUGGCAAAUCCAUUAGUUGCAGUAUGUCAAAUGACAUCAACAAAUGAUAAAGAGAAGAAUUUACAAACUGUACGUGAACUUGUUGAGAAGGCAAAGUCUAAGACAGCUUGUAUUGCAUUUUUUCCUGAAGCAUGUGAUUAUUUAGCAGAUAAUAAAAAAGAUACAAUAGCCAUGGCUCAACCUUUGAAUGGUUCAACAGUAUCAAGCUACAAAGAAAUUGCUAAAGCAAAUAAGAUUUGGUUAUCAUUAGGUGGAUUACACGAAGCAUUGGAUAAUAAUGAAAACCGUAUAAGUAACACACAUAUUGUAAUAAACAGUGAAGGGAAAAUAGCCAGUAGAUAUCGUAAAAUGCAUUUAUUCGAUAUGGAUAAUAAAACUACUGGUGUGAGAUUGAUGGAAUCAGAUUAUGUUUUAUCAGGGCAAAAAAUUGAACCACCUAUAUUAACACCAAUUGGCAAAUUAGGACUCAGUAUUUGCUACGAUAUGCGUUUUCCUGAGUUAUCUCUUUCACUAAGAAAUAUGGGAGCAGAAAUUCUCACAUAUCCAUCAGCAUUUACAUACCAAACAGGUGCUGCACAUUGGGAAGUAUUAUUGCGAGCAAGAGCUAUAGAAACACAAUGUUAUGUAAUAGCCGCAGCUCAAACUGGUACACACAACAAAAAGAGAGUAAGCUGGGGUCAUGCAAUGGUUGUUGAUCCAUGGGGAACCAUAAUAGCACAGUGUAGUGAAAAAACUGACAUGGUUUUAGCAGAAAUUGAUUUAGAUUUAUUAAAACAAGUACGGCAAAAUAUGCCGUGUGAAAAUCAUCGUCGAACAGAUUUAUAUCCUAAAAUAAAACCCUUGUAAUUGAAAUAAUGAUGUAUAUAUGCAAUUGUAUAUGUGAUUGUAUUAAAUCUUAAUUAACUAAAUUUAUUUUUAUUUUUUGAUAUAAUCAAAUGAUUAGUAUAGUUAUUAAGCCAAAUAACAGUUAUUAAGCCAAAUAACAGUUAUUAAGCCAUGUAACAAAUGUAACAUAAAGAUAUUUAUAUUUAUGUAUAUACAUAUAAAAGAAACAUUUAUUGUGGUAAAUUUUAUUGUACAUACCAUUCAAUAAUUUAUAAAUGUAUUUUUAAAAAUAUAAAAUAGGUGAGAAUAUAUUGCUAUAAUUGUAAGUGUGAACUUUUUUUUGUAUUUUUAAGUGUGUUUGUAUUUUUAAAAAUAUAAAAUAGGUGAGAAUAUAUUGCUAUAAUUAUAAGUGUGAACUUUUCGUAGACAUGAAAUUAAAAAUAUGACAAACUAUCAAAAAACUAUAAUAUAGAUAUUCUAUUGUAAAAUGUAAAAUAUUCCGAAGUAUAUCAAAUAAUAUAAUAAAUAAUAUAUUAUUUAGUGUGAUAAUUCAAGCUAUUAAUUUAUUUAAUUACUUCUUGGAACUUCAAACAUCUUUCCAAAAUGGCACAUACUAUAUCUAUAGAUGUAGAUGUAAUGUUUAUUAUUUGCUACCUAUAAGAUACAAAAUAUUAUUAAAAUUACAAGCUAUAUAAAAUUUAUCAUUGUUCAUAUUCACGAAUAUUGAUUUUCACUUAUUUCUGAUCUUUGAGAGCCUAUAAGAUCUGCUUCAACUCCCUGCAGUGCCCAAUUAUGUUCAUAUAUUUCUAAUGCUUCCCAUUCAGAUUUGAAAGCAGCUUUUGGAUCUGGUGGCAUAGACAUUGCAGCACCAGACACUUGA